AUGGCUUGGACGUGCAGUGGUGACACAAACUCGGCGCUGAUAGAGAAUAUGUGGAAGAAUGGGCUUAUCACUGAUGCGCGAGUGAAGGAGGCAUUCCUCAAACCCAUCGGUUACUCAGCCACUAUAUCUGCACCACAUAUGCACGCUUCAGCCGUCGAACACGUCCUAAGCUAUCUUCUCCCAUCGUCUGCCUCGCCGUCCCCGCGCAUUCUCGACGUCGGUUCCGGGUCUGGUUAUUUAACACAUGUGAUGGCUGAGCUUGUUGGCGAGAAGGGUCUUGUCGUAGGGCUGGAACAUAUCAGACAGUUGAAAGAGCUAGGCGAGAAUAAUAUGGCAAAAAGUGACCAGGGAAGAAGAUUCCUAGAAACUGGAAAGGUGAGAUUUCGGUAUGGCGACGGGAGAAAGGGGUGGGUCGAGGAACCGAGAGAGGGUGAACAACAUGAAGGAACGGGAUGGGAUGUUAUCCAUGUUGGAGCUUCAGCUGUGGAGAUUCAUCCCGAGUUAAUUGAGCAGUUGAAGGCUCCUGGGUGGUAAGUCAGACGUCUACAGUCUGUACGCGGAGGUAUUGACAAGGUGUAGCAUGUUUAUACCGGUUGACGAUGAUAAGAUGGGAUAUAAUCAGCAUGUGUGGAGGAUUGAGAAGGAUGGCAAUGGGGAGGUUACCAAGAAGAAGUUGUUUGGCGUUCGAUAUGUUCCGUUAACCGAGGCGCCGAAGGAGUAGAGGUUGGUAUGAUACCCUUUAUUCACUGGGUUGUUUUUUCACGCUCUGGAGCUGACACAUGCAGUAUAAUAAAACCGAUAUAUAGUUAUUCCAAGGCAACUGGCUAUUCAAGAUAGCAAAGUCAUUAUCCAUCAAAUCAUAACUCGUGUAAAUCCAAUAACUAUAAAUACAAACAAAUGUCCUUA